UUCAAUGGGUGAUGUACACACCUCUACUCAGUGUACCUUUGGGCUUAUUUCAAAAAGCCUUUCGACAAAGUUGGGUUUGACUAUCGUCUAUGUUAUUGUGUUCAUUGUCGCCCUCUCUGGAAACUGCGUCAUUAUUUUGAUAGCAAAAACCAAAAGGCGUCUUCGAAAAGUGGCCUUCAACUAUUUCAUUAUCUCCAUGGCAGUGGCUGAUAUACUGGACGCUUUGGUUGCCGUACCAAUGACAGUUUGGCAUAUCUAUAUGUCCAACCACUGGUUUGAAGGAUUAAUUGGAGAUAUCACCUGUAAAUUUUUCAACGUUCUCUUUAACACAUCACUAGUAGCCUCUAUUUUUACCCUUGUGGCUAUCUCAGCGGAUAGGUACUUGGCGAUUGUGCACGUUAUGAGGGAACCUCCCUCGAAAACGAGAGUGAAAUUGGGCGUGGUUUCAGUAUGGUUGCUUACCGCUGUCAUGUCUCUCCCCUAUAUGGUCAAAUACAAAUUUCGUCCAUGGAAAAAUGGACGAUAUUUCUGUUAUGGCAGGUGGAGCGACGAUUCUGGAAAAAAUUUAUAUUUUUAUAAGUAUGAGGUGACAGCAAGAUUUAUAUUCUUCUAUGCGUUCCCUCUUAUUGUUAUAGCUGCUUUGUAUUCCCUCAUCAUUCAAGUCUUGAAGAAACGACAAGCCUUUGGCGAAAACAUGUCACAGCUCCGCAUUCAACGGCAGAACAUCACUGUGAUAAAGAUGUUAGUGACCGUCGUUCUUCUCUUUGCAUUUUCGUGGCUUCCAGCCCAUGUGGUGUCGAUGAUGAUUGCGUUCGCCCCAGAAAAGAUCUAUUGUUGGCCAAUUUCUCUCCUGUAUACACUUCUUGUGCCAGGCCAUGCAAAUGGCGCAUUGAAUCCGUGUAUCUACAUCAUCUUCAACGAGAAUUAUCGGAAAGGACUUAGGCAACUCCUCGUCAGAUGUCAAAGAAAGACGAGAAAUCGAAUUCCUACUUGGAAGAUUAAACAGUGGCCGACAUCAUCAACUCUCGAGCGAGAUCCCAGCCGAGGGGGCAUAAAAGGCUUCUUUCGUCAACUCUCUAAAGAAAAGAGCACUGAAACCGAUGAAGUGUUUGUAACGCAGCUAUAAAUCAAAUACUCGAUGUAUGGCACAGUACAAACUGACUUUUGAAUCUGUUUAAGUUAUCUUUCUGUGCUCUUCACUUUAUUUCUGCCUUCACUUUAUUUGAAAGUCAGGUGGAGUGAUCAAAACAAAAUGUUAAGUAAGUCACUGUCACAUUUAUGAACGUGAAGAACUAUUAGUUAUUGGUUAAAAAAUGUAAUUUUUUUCCUUGUGUCACGAUUGAAUAUAAUCUCCUAAUUCUUUUAUGGCAUUAUAACUUCUGAUGGAGUUUAAAGUUUUACGAUGGACCUCUGUACAGAUAAACUUUAUAACCUGAGAGGCUCUUUUUCAAAGUCUGAAGUGACUGAACAUAAUGAUAUUUGAUAAUGACACCCAAUUGUAAUGAACAGUGAGUUAAGUUAACGCAUGUGUACUAUAGAUCAGACAAGAUAUGUUCUGCCCAGGAUGGAAGCAAAUACUUUUUAAAUUAGCAUUAUCUCUCUUUCACAGAAUAUGACACCCUUAGUCUGAGUAAUCCUUUUAUCAGUUAUUCAAGGAAAACGAUCUGAGAGAAGGAUAUUAUCUUUAAACCGGAUAUUUCUUACCGGCUGUGCAUCAAAGUAGAGUCUAUUUCUACUAAACGCUUUUGUAAGUAUAAUAAUGAUAACUGUAUAAACCAUAGAUACGAAAAUGACGAGAAAUAUAACAACAACCAUCACGAUAAAGUUUAAGACGACAACGACGACGACGACGCACAUCGAUGACGACGACGCACAUCGAUUACGACAACGAACAUCGAUGACGACGACGAUGGUGAUGACGAUGAUGAUGAUAUUACAAACAAUGCUCCAUGAUGAAGACAGUGAUCCAAGCGGUAGUAUAGACCGUAUUGAAAGUAAUAGCUAUAAUAAUGAUACUGAACAAGUUGGAAGACGUGAAGAAAAGAAUUGAUGUUAAGUUUAGUUAUCAUGCAGACUCAGUUUUACAGACAUGAUUGCCAUGAUACCAUUUAUUGUAUGAUAACAUUUAUUGCCUAUGAUACCAUUUAUUUCCAUGAUACCAUUUAUUGUAUGAUACCAUUUAUUACCAUGAUACCAUUUAUUGCCUAUUACCAUGAUACCAUCUAAUGGUAUCAUGGUAAAAACAUAUGGAACACGCUAAGCCGGAAAGUUUCCCAGUCCAUCAGAGACUUCAGUUGAGUGUUGAGUAUAAAAUGUGAUAUAAAAUGUUCAGGAAUAUACC